AUGACCAAGCCAGGAGACGGGCCAGGUCCCGCCCGCGAGGAACCGCCGACGCCACCUCCCCAGGCGCCGCAGAGCGCCGCGGCCGUGGUGUCGCCGCCCGGCCUCAGCCUGGCGGUGGCGGUUCGAUCGGCCAUGGACUGCGCAAGGACAACACCGUACCCGGUGCUGGAGUCGCUGCCGGUCGGGACCGACGUCGUGGUCCUGGCGAUGGUGCCGAGGAAUUCGCCACUGGUCUGCGGCGAGCCCGUUGGGGUUACCGCGGAGGUCGCCUUGUGUUACGACGGGUAUGCCCGCGUGUACUACAGAACGACGGACGCGGAUGGCCAGCGCGUGGUGGAAUGCGACCGGCCCAGCAUGUCGUGCGUCGCCCACGCGGGGCUCUCCGAUGAGAGUCACCCCCCGGUGACGUGGGCGGCGCUCAUGGACGAGAUGUCGGUGCCGUCGGCGUUCCCGGCCUUUCAGCUCUCCGUGGGCGAGGGCGGCCCGUGGACGAUCCAGCCUGGAUCGUGGGUCUUGGUCGAAUUCAUGCUUCGCUACGGAGUGCGGGUGAGCAAGUGGUGCCUCGCGCUCGCCUUGGUCGCGAAAGAAGGGGCACCGGGCGGCUACGAGCUGAUCGUGGCACGCGCCCCGGACGCGUUCGACGCCCGGCGCCUGUCCGGCGGGCAGGUGGACCCGGACAGGGUCGGCUGGGACAAGCCGCACGGGCCCUCGCCGGGGUUCGGUGCCGCGCUCAUCGAGGAGCGGGUGCCCGCAGCCCUCAGCGACGUCACCGACGUGCGCGCCCCGACGGACGGCAUGGCGCCCGUGGUCGGUUUCGACGACUGGCUGCCCAUCACGGUCGCCUUCGACCUCGCUGCUGGCGUGCGUCGACUGGUGGUCGACGACCUCCAGGACCCUCGUCCCAGGUGGUGGGUGGGGCUGAAGAUGCUGGAUAUGGGACCUAAGACCCAGUAG